AUGAAGGCAGCUGCGCCCGUGGCAGCUCAAUUCACGCACCACCUACGGACGAAAUACCGUCCACGCCGACUACCGCCUGAGAAAUUAAAGGCAGCUAGGGUGGAGUUUGAGCACAUGCUUGAGCUUGGAAUUAUCCACACUUCCGACAGUCCUUGGUUCUCGCCCCUGCAGAUGGUCCCCAAGAAAUCUGGUGACUGGCGCCCUUGCGGUGAUUACCGCGCACUCAAUCGCCUAACCGUCCCAGAAAGGCAUCCAAUCUCACACAUGCAGAACCUAACCGCAUGCCUCACAGUUAAGACGAUCUUCAGCAAGUUCGAUCUGGUUCGCGCCUAUCACCAGAUACCUGUGGAAGACAAUGACAUUCCUAAAACAGCCGUCAUCAAUCCUUUCGGUUUGUUUGAAUUUUACGAAUGCCAUUUGGAUUGUGCAAUGCUGCACAACCCUUCCAGCGCUUCAUGCACGAUGUUACUCGUGGCCUUGACUUCGCAUAUUCCCACCUCGAUGAUAUCUUAG